CUCAUUGGAAUGAUAGUUGGUAGCAGAUCUAUAAGUUCCAAUGCCAGGAUAAAAUGUCAGUGAGACAAACAUGGACGUAGUGUGUGGUUUGUGCGUGAGUUCUUUUGGAUAUUUCUGAUUCGAAAUAUGAACCACUGAAGUAUAUGACUGUUCUACUCCUAAGAAAAUCAGCAAUUGUCAUAUUUUUUUGUAAUAUUAUUCUCACACAUCAAGAUUUUUUAGAGAACUAUAAACCAAGACCUGGUCUACCAAAACCACUCAACGAUUGGUUAACGUACGUACAAGAGCAUAAAACCGAUUUCAACUUCAUUAAUAACAUAGUUAAGAGACGUGGAGAGGAACUAGAUUACUACGAUGAAACAGAAGAAGUAAGCAAUAAUAAGCUAUUGGGAAGUAAUGAUGACGAAUAUAUAGAUGAUCCCCCUAAGAAUGAUAUAUAUCCACAUAACAGCCGAGAAAUAAAAGAAAAUGCAUCCAAAAAAUUUGCACAAACUCUUAGUAGAAAUAACAAUAACAGAAAACAGUUUAAAGAACAAAAUAAAUCCAACAUUUCCAACAGAAUGAGAAGAGAAUCAUCUAAAAACUCAUUUUUCCAAAAAAGUAACAAAUUAGAAAUAGAAUCCAAUGGAAAACUUGGAGAAAUUGAUCGAGUUGGUGACAAAUAUCCUAAUCAGUUCAGAAACAAAGAUCAAGAAGAGAAACGAGAAAUACAAAUAGACAUUCUAAAUAACGGGAAGUUAAUAAAAUCUGUUAAAGAAUCUGACAAAGAUUCAAAAUCCAUUGUACUAGAUAUCGAUGCGUUACGAAAUCCUCAAAAUGAAUUACUUGAAACUGGGAUUUCCACCAAAAAACGCAAUAAUGCAGUCAUAGACAUGCACGUUAAACCACUUCAAAAAAGUUUAAUUUCAGAUAACUCACAGCAAGAUAUAAUAGAUCGCGAAGGAGCUAUAAAUUAUAAUAACUUAUUUACUGUUAAUAAAGAUCUUAAUACUGACAGAAGCGUACCUAAGAAUACUCUCGUCUAUCAUGUAACUCUAUCAAACAUCAACGAGGCUGUAAAAGAUGCAGCUGCUGCUUCAUCUCAUAACUUCUACCAGAAUAAUUUUAGAGAUAUGUCCAAAUACUGGACUGAUUCAGAGAAGAAUCAGCUACGGAAUGGCAUUCAAUUUGCCCAUAACACCAUUGAUCUAAAAAACAUGAUACAAACUAUUCCAAAAACUGAUUCAAAAAUUAAUGAUGGUUUUGAACCUGUUAAAAGCAUUGUAGUAGAUCACAAUCGAGAUAAAGAGGUCCCCAAGCAAAUACAGCUACAUCAAUCAUAUGUGAAGAGAAACUCGCAAACAGUCACUGCUCAAUAUAAAGAAAAUACGGGAAUAUCAGAAAGUAGUAUGACGACCUUAGAACUUACUGAUAUGAAUCAAGAGAAAGAAGAACUAACUACAGAAGCAGAGAUGAAAUUACUUUUGAGCCAACAUCAAAUGCAACCUCAUGAACAUAUCAAUAGAGAUACUGAUGAAAUAAGAGUGGAAACAAAAGAAGCAGAAGAAGAUGAUCAUGCUAUGGUCAUUGAACCAGUGAGCGAAGAGAGUAAUCAUGAAUUAUUUCAUCAUCAUAAACAACCUGAAACUGAAAAUGUUCAUCAUGGCGAUGAAAAUAUCAAUAACCACAUUGAUAUUAAUAUAAUCCAACCACAGCAAGAAGAAGAUAAACUUAUAAAUCGACCAGAACAUACACAUGGAAAUGACCUACAAGAUCAAAAAGAUACUAGUAUAGAGGAGAGAAUGGAGCUUGAAAAAGAAAUUCCACUCGAAGAAGAAAUUAAGAACGAAAAAGAACUUGAAGGGGAAAUUACCAAUGGAGAUAUUGAGACGGAUGAAGAAAAUCUCAAUGGAAAAAGACUGGAGGAAGAAGUUAUUAGGAAACAUAAGAUAAAAGAUGAAGAGAGUCGUACAGGCAACGGCCAAGAUAAAGCUAUAAGUAAAGAGGAAACGAUUGAAGAAAUAAAACAAGAAGUUUUAAAUAAUGAAUGCAGUGAGGAAGGUAACACAGAUGAUCUCCAUUUUGAACAAGAUCAUAUUCAAAACGCCAAUGAAGGGGAGCUUAUUGAGAAAUAUGGCCAUAAGCAAAAUAAAGGUAAUAAGGGACCUAAAGUGAAAGUACAGGUGGAUGUUAGCAAAUAUGCAAACAAUGGAAAUGAAGCUAAAAAAAGGAAUGUGAAUAAUCAUUUUCCUCACCAUAAUACACAUCACAAAUAUCAAAAUAAAUGGCCCAACGAUUGCGAAGGUAAAAAUUGUUAUAUGCAUUCCAGUAAACUGAAUGAAAACAAACAAAUGGAAAAUGAUAACAACAAUAAACAACUCCCAUUCAAAAGUGUGCGUUCAAAUAAGAAAAAAAUCAAGUCUCAUUAUUCUAGAAAACUUAAAUCGUUUAAUUAUAUUUACGAUACGGAUAUAGAAGCUCCUAGCGAUGAAGAAUAUGUAGAAGAUGAGGUUUCUUCAGAACAAAGUCGGUUAGCAAAUAUCGAUAAAAAAGAUGCAGUAGAAGGUGAUUACGGAGAUGAGGAAGAUUCGUUUAUCACGAGAAGAAAUGAUACGAACAAAAUUGUAAAACUGACCAAAAAUUCAUUUGCCAAUCCAAGAAUUAUAUCUUCACAUGAAGAUGAUUAUGAUAGUGACUAUUACGAUGAAGAAGCCCCAACAACUAAAAAUAAGAGUAACAUCAGAGAUAACUCUCAUGAAAGCACUGCAAAAUAUCGAUCAAGAGAACAAACGGCGGAUUUCGGAAGGCGAAGGCAGCACAAACUAAAAUUGAUACCGAAAACAAAAAAAGGCGACGCCAAGCAUCAUGAUGCGUACAACGAUAAAGAAUACUAUGUCCGAGAACCAAGGUCUGAAGCUGGCUUCGAGGAUUUUCAGCAGUUACCAAAAUUCGUAAUGAAUGACCGAUUAACAGAAGAAAAUUUGAGAAAACGAUCUCUAAACUCCAAACAAGAAGUUACACCUAACAAAUUUCCCUUGUCAUCAAAAGGUUUUUUCACGGGAAGCUCCAAACAAAACGAGUUCAAGAGGAGUGAUCUGAACAAUGGAGAUAUUUCAAAUAAAAUUUCUGUUGCUCCUGGUAUAGAUAAAGCUAGUACCGAUAAUUUAGCUACUGUUACAACUAUUGAAAAUAAUAGUAAUAACGGAACGGACAGUGCCUUGACACUUUUCGAUUUCCAUGAUUUACCAGGAGUAAGUGUAACAUCAACUACUGUUUCUACUACUACAAUUACAGACUGUGAAGACAGUAAAAUUGCCGUUGGUGGUAUUUGUGAAACGGAAAAAUUCAAUAGAAGUAAUUUAGAUAUAACUACGAUGUUGUCCAUUAUACCUGAAGUCCAAAUGGAAUUGAUAAAUAAUGCUACAAAUACAUCUGAGCCAAAAGAAAAAUUUGAGAAAUUAGAUGAAUCGCUUUCUGGAGAGUUACCAUAUUUUUUAGUUAACAGUAUAUAUGAUCAUAUAAAAAAUGAUGAAACUUUCAAGACACGCUUGUAUAAAGGAAUGAAGCGACGUUAUGAAAAAUUACCACCACUUAGGUCAGAUGAUAUACAAGUUGUUACGCAAGAGCAAAACAGAAAAAUGCUUAAUAUCAUGGAAAAUAUCAUUAAUAAGCUCGAAUGGAACUCAAAUUGUCAAACAAUACCAAAAAGAUACAAACAGUAUUUGAAAUCCAUUACUAAAGUUCAAACUUACGAUGCUCUUACCAAAACGAAGCAAAUGGAAGAAAUAGAUUUUGAUGAUACUCAGAAUGCUAGGAACUUCCUGUUUCCCCACGAUGGCGACGGAACUUCAAGCAGCGCUCUAGCACAGAAAGCCAAAAUACUUAAAGAUAUGUUGGAUAAAUUUGAACAACUACCUCCUGAUUGCAAAGCUCGAGCAGAACCUGUAAAAAAAUAUGUGGAGGAACAUUUAAUAAUGUUGGAUCACGUUAAUAAUCUUAUUAGAUCACAAAAAGUGAAAACUGAAAAAGUUACUGAAACCAUCGGAGAAGUUACUCUUCAGAGCCAUCAAAAACCAAUUAGGAGAAAUGGAAUAAUGCCAAAAGACGAUUUAGUUGAAGAACAACUUGAAAGUUUGGGCCUUGGUAAAAAUCAUAAUUUCAAGCCAAAGUUCGAUCUGGAUGAAAUGAUACAAAAGUCAAAAGAUAAUAUAAAGCGGCAACAUCAGGAAGGUGACGUCAACAAAACAGAAAAAAAGUCGAAGAGAGAAUUAAUCAAACAAGGUUCUGAACGGUACCAAAAACUUAUUGAAGCAGUGAAACGAGAACGAAAUAAAAGAGAAGAAAAAAGAAGAUUAGCUGAAUCAUUCGGUAAACUUGACUUAGAAGAUUAUAAAGAUGAAAGUCCCAAUAAUGUUAUUAAAGGAAUUUUUGACUCGCCUGUAGUUUAUACUAUAUAAUUUUUAUUUAUUCAUACUUUGUCUAUAUUUAAGGUUUUAUUUAAUAUUUAAUUGUAAAUAUAUUUUUUUGAAA